AUGCAUCCUCGCUUAGCUCACCCCCUGGAUUUGAUUUUCCCUGGUGUUUAUGGUGACUCAGUGAGGACAGAGGGGCGUGUCCCUAAGGCUGUGUGGUUGGGCGUGGUUGCCGCGACUCUGGUCGGGGGCAACGUGGGGAACGGCACUGGCGUCAGGAACAGGAGCAGUAGCGCUCUGGGGCUGUCGGCACCGCCUCUCUCCGCCCUCAUUACUCCGGAGCCGGUGCGACACUCGAGGAUCCCAGACCUUCCACUGGACAGCAGCCUCCUGUUUGAGUUUCUCCUGUUUCUGUAUUUGCUCGUGGCCUUGUUUGUCCAGUACAUCAACAUCUACAGAACUGUGUGGUGGUAUCCCUACAGCCAUCCUGCGGCUUCUACUUCACUGAACUUCCAUUUGAUGGAUUACCACCUGGCAAUCUUCAUCACGGUUAUGUUGGCCCGCAGACUGGUGUGGACCAUAGUGUCAGAGGUGUCCCAGAGUAUCGGAGGGUCCCUGGUCCGAUACGUGGUCCUGAUCACAGCUCGCCUCUGCCUCUUGACUCUGUGUGGAUGUGUUCUGUGCUGGACCCUCGUCAACCUCUGCAGAAACCACUCUGUGCUUAACCUGCUCUUCCUGGGAUAUCCGUUCGGAGUGUAUGUCCCGUUAUGCUGUUUCCACCAGGAGGGCGCCAAAGCCCAGUCACCCUCCGCAGACUGCGACUUCUCUGAUGAGCAUCCGCAGAGCGAGCUUGCCGAGACGCCGUUCUUCCGGCCGCGGGACUUCCUCUUCCUGCUGCGUGAAAACCUCCGCGAGCAGUUCUCCAGCCCCCCGCUCAUGCCCACCCACAAAUGCCCGCCCCCCAUGCACUCGCACACCCCCGACAUGAUCCGCGCCGAGGUGGAGGAGCUCAAGAGCGACUUCAACAGACGGAUCAAGGAAGUGCUGUUCAACUCGCUCUUCAGUGCCUACUACGUGGCCUUCCUCCCGCUCUGCUUUGUCAAGAGCACUCAGUACUAUGACAUGCGCUGGUCGUGUGAGCACCUCAUCAUGGUGUGGAUCAAUGCGUUUGUGAUGCUCAUGAGUCAGUUACUGCCUCCGAGAUACUGCGACCUGCUGCACCGCUCAGCCGCUCACCUGGGACGAUGGCAGAAACUGGAGCACGGCUCCUACAGCAACGCUCCGCAGCACAUGUGGUCGGAUAGCACCAUCUGGCCACAAGGGGUGCUAGUGCGCCACAGCAGGUCUUUGUAUAAAGCAGUUGGGACUUAUAACGUUGCUCUGCCCUCUGAUGUGUCGCAUUCAAGAUUUUAUUUCCUGUUCCAUCAGCCCUUGCGGAUCCUGAACCUGCUGAUCUGGAUUGAGUCCACUGUGGUCUUGUACCAGCUCUACUCUCUGCUGAGGUCUGAGCGCUGGAACCACACCCUGUCUUUGGGCCUCAUCCUCUUCUGUAACUAUUAUGUCCUGUUCAAACUACUGCGUGACAGGAUUGUUUUGGGAAAGGCGUAUUCCUACCCCGUGCCCCCCAGCAGCCUCGGACUCAAGUCUCAGUGA